AUGUCCACUGGAGGCAGGUUUGACUUUGAUGACGGGGGGUCGUACUGCGGGGGGUGGGAGCAGGGUAAGGCCCAUGGCCGAGGGGUCUGCACGGGGCCCCAGGGUCAGGGCGAGUACGCCGGCGCCUGGAGCCACGGCUUCGAGGUCCUGGGCGUGUACACGUGGCCCAGCGGGAACAGCUACCAGGGCACCUGGGCGCAGGGAAAGCGGCAUGGCAUCGGCGUGGAGAGCAAGGGCCGCUGGGAGUACAGAGGGGAGUGGACGCAGGGGUUCAAAGGUCGCUACGGGCAGCUGGAGAGCACGGCCAGCGGGGCUCGGUACGAGGGGACGUGGAGCAACGGGCUGCAGGAUGGAUAUGGCACUGAAACCUACUCUGACGGAGGAACCUACCAAGGCCAGUGGCUGGGAGGGAUGCGUCAUGGUUACGGUGUACGGCAGAGCGUACCGUACGGCAUGGCGGCUGUCAUCCUCUUCCCCCUGCGAACAUCCAUAAACUCCCUGCGCUCUGAGCACAGCCACGGCCCUCCGGCUGUGCUGGAGGAUGGCGCUGCCACCACGCCGACAGACGGGGUGGUGGCCGGGCUGGCGGGGAGCCCGGUGGGCAGAGGCGGCUUCGCCCUGACAGCUCCAAGCGAGGCCGAACGCCAAAGGAAGCGGAAAGGACGCUUCCGGCAGUCCAUCCUGAGCGGCCUGAAGCUUCGGCGCUCCGAGUCCAAAAGCUCUCUGGCCAGUCAGCUCAGCAAGCAGAGCUCCUUCUGCAGCGAGGCCGGCAUGAGCACCGUCAGCUCUGCGGCGUCCGACAUCCACUCCAACGCCAGCGAGAAUGAACAGGGCGCCCCCGUGGACGCCACCGUCACUGAGAUGUAUGCCGGAGAGUGGCGGAGUGACCAGAGGGCUGGCUGGGGCGUGAGUCGGCGUUCAGACGGCCUGCAUUACGCUGGCGAAUGGGCGGGGAACAAGAGGCACGGAUAUGGAUGCACCACCUUCCCCGACGGCACCAAGGAGGAAGGGAAGUACAAGCAGAACGUGCUGGUGAGCGGAAAACGCAAGAACCUGAUCCCACUGAGGGCCAGUAAGAUCCGAGAGAAGGUGGACCGGGCGGUGGAGGCUGCCGAGAAGGCCGCGGAAAUCGCCAAGCAGAAGGCAGAGAUCGCAAUGUCAAGGAUGAGCCACGCUCGUGGGAAGGCCGAGGCGGCUGAAGGAGUGGCGCAGAAGGCCAUGGAGGAGUGUCGACUGGCCCGGAUAGCUGCCAAAGAGCUCUCGCCCUCCUUUCACAUCUAUGGCAAUGGGCUCGAAUGUCAGAGGCCCAAGCACCAGGACGCCAAGGACAAAGACCAUGAGGUCAUCUCCACAGGAACAGACAGUCCGGAGCUGUGCACUCCGGACACCACGCCGCCUGUAAUAACACCUGAUCUCAGUCCCGUGCUGAGCGUGCCCACCUCGCCCCCCCACAGCCCGCCCAAACACGCCCACCGCCCCAGAAAUGCUUGCUUCAUGCGCCAGAGCGCCGUGGACGAUCAGGGCGGGGCGGAGAUCCAGGUGCUGGUGGAGGGGCGGGGCAUGGAGCUGCCCAGGGGAGGGGCCAACAACUGGACUGAUGACAUGUAUCCGGACCGAGGAGGCAGCAGCCGCUCCACCACGCCCUCCCUGCUGGAGGAGCAGGAGGGCCAAAUCAACGGCCACGAGCAAGCCCCUUUACCCAACCACAAACCGCGGGAGAAAUCCCUGUCCAAUCACAAGUCCCGGGAGCACGCUUCCUCCUACCGAGCGUGGGAGCACUCCCUAUCCAACCAAAAGCCCUCCAAGCAUGCCUCUUCCAAUCACAAGUCGAGGGAGUACUCGUCGUCCAAUCACAAAACAUGGGAUCAUUCUUCCACCAAUCACAAGGCCUGCGAGCAUGCCUCUUCCAACUACAAGCCGCAGGUGCACAUUUUAUCCAAUCACAAGGCCUUGGAACAUAACAUGUCCAAUCACAAGACUUAUGAGCAUGCUUCUUCCAAUCACAAGUCCCAAGAUUAUAUCUCCUCCAAUCACAAUGCAAAGGACCACGUCUCUUCUAGCUACAACCCCCGAGAGCAUGUCUACUCCAACCACCAUCCAAAGCAGCACAACCCCUCCAACCACAGGCUUAACGAGCAUGCUGUAAUCGACCAAAGGCUAGACGGCCUCACCGGGGGCUGGACUGCUGAAAGCACCCUUAGGUGGAGCCCUGCCCACUCGCGCCUCACGGAGCAGGACGAGGAGAGGAUGAAUGACUAUACGGUGGACAUGAGGCUCCAGUGUCCGGACUCGCAGGCGUCUCGGGGGCUCGGCCAGGAGUCCCCGGCCCCCAAAAACAACCGGCUGCGAUCCCGAGGCCUUCGGCCGGUCAGAGAGGGAUCCAUGGACUCUGUACAGAUGCUGGACAACCUGAAUGUGGGGGCAGAGCUGGAGGAGUGGCCGCUGCACAGGGACCUCACCCUCUCCCCACCCCUAAAGUCUCAGCCCAUCACUCUGGAGCAGGAAGGAGAGCAUCUCACCCUCAAAUCAAACUCAGGCUCCAGCUCUAUUCUGGUGGUUAUGGUCAUUUUACUCAAUAUUGGAGUAGCCAUUCUUUUCAUUCACUUCUUUAUUUAA